CACUUGAUUAUCAAUUCAAUUGACCGUCUUCAUGCUGGAAGAUACGGAUGUUCUGCUUCAAACAAAAUCGAGCCUAAUCUUUGGACUGAGUUUGUCAUUAGCGUUGAAGUUGACAUAAGACUUAUUUGAACUGGAAAAGAUCGAAAUUCAAAAUAAUUACAACAUGUCCAAAGUUUUGGCCUUUUUUAUCCUGUUUAUGUACCUAUCCAUCAGUCAUGGUCAAGAAAGUCCUAAAGUAGCCCCAUUCUCAUCUUUGGUCAAACCUGUGAUUGGUGGUAAAACUUCAUUCACCUGUCAGAGUCUUCUGGGAGCCCCGCCAUUCCGUGUAGUCUGGCUUAAAGAUGGGCAAGAGCUUUCCAAUUCUCAAUCAAUCAAAAUUCAUACAAUUGAUGGUUCAUCAAUGCUCAUUCUUGAUCCGAUUACUUCAGGUCAUUCUGGAAAUUAUACAUGCAAAAUAUCUAACAGUCAUGGUUUCGACUCAUAUUCAUCUGAACUUACUGUUGAAGGUCCCCCUCAUUGGAUUGAAAAGCCUAUAAAUGUCAAUUUGCAUCAUGGUGAAGAUUUUAUUGUACAAUGUAUUGUCUCAGGCUAUCCGAAACCCAGAAUAAUUUGGAAAAGAUUUGAUGGUUCAUCAUGGAUUGAAAUUGGGAAUGACAAGCUAUUCCGAAAUGAAGGGCAAAAAUUGAUCAUCAAACAGGCUGAUCGUAAUGUCAACGGUCGCUAUGGCUGUUCUGCUUCCAACAAUAUUCAACCUGAUUUGUGGGCUGAAUUUAGCGUUAUAAUACAGGAAUAUCACGAUAUUUGUGUAAAUUUUUUAAUGGGUUGUUUUAUAAUCAUGUUACCAACAUACUUCCUUAUUGGAAUUUUGCUGACUGUCUCUGGUAGUUAUGGCCAAGAAAGUCCAAAAGUAGCUCCAUUUUCACCUCUCAUUAAACCAGUGAUUGGAGGAAAAACAUCAUUCUUGUGUCAAAGUCUUUCAGGAUCGCCUCCAAUGAGUGUAGUUUGGUUGAAAGAUGGAAAAAUGCUUCAAGAUUCUUCCUACAUUCGAAUUAGAUCAAACGAAGAACCGUCAACUUUGACAAUAGACCCUAUCCAGUCAAGUCACUCUGGGAAUUAUACUUGCAAGAUGUCGAAUAGACAUGGAUCAGACUCUUUCUCAAGUGAACUUUUAGUUACAGGUCCACCAAAUUGGAUUGAGAAACCAAAUAAUAUAAAAACCAAAAUCCAUCGUGUGGUCAAAAACAGAUGUCAUGUUUCUGGAUACCCAAAACCAACAAUAACUUGGAAAAAAUUACAAGGAUCUUCAUGGACUAGACUUGACUCGCAAUUCAAUAAUGAUUUACAAAUUAUGAAUGCAACCAAAUCUCAUGAAGGAAGAUAUGGAUGUUCCGCUUCAAAUGGAAUCGAACCUGAUCUUUGGUCAGAGUUUGAUAUUUCCAUCGAGGUCCCAGCCGAAUUUAAGGAAAAGAAUAUCGCUGUUUCUACCAAGAAGGGCAACCCUCUUGAACUGGAAUGCUCAGCUGACGGUGACCAGCCAGUUACUGUCAAAUGGUUUAAAGACUCUACCCCAAUCGACAAGGUUGAUCCACUUAGAUAUCAAAUAACGGACGCACCAAAUAACGAUGGGACUAGAAGUAUGCUUACAGUUAACUCAGCUGAUGUUAAAGACGAUGGUCUUUAUCUUUGUUUGGCGGAAAAUUCAUUUGGCAAAGAUGAGCGAAAAAUUCGUGUCACCAUUAUUGAACCUCCACCAGCUCCUCUAAACUUUGCCGUGCAACAAGUUUGGUCUCGAACUGUGAGUGUUUCUUGGGCUAAGCCACCUGAGAGUAAAACUUCAAUUCUCAGUUACAUCAUAAGGUAUUGGAAAGUUUCAUCUCCUGGUGUCAAUGACCGUCUUCACGAAAUAAACGUUUCUUCCUCGCUAAACCUACAUUUGAUCAAAGAUCUAGAACCUGGAAGUCAAUAUGAAUCUACUGUUAUUGCUGUCAACGAAGUCGGCUCUGGAGCACCUUCACAGAAAAUCAGCUUUGUUACCGGAGAAGAGGAGCCAUCUGGAGCACCAGUUGAUCUUCAUGCAAUUGCACGGGGUCCAACAACGGCUCGCUUGGCUUGGAGAUCACCUCCUAGAAAUACUUGGAAUGGCAAACUGCUUGGUUUUUAUGUCGGUUAUCGAUUGAUUGACGACUACAAGACUCCUCAUUCAUUGAGAACUGUUUCCAUCCCUGAAUCAAACUCCUCGCACCAUGAAUACUUUUUGAGGUCUUUAUUAAAAGGUGCCAAAUACUCUAUCAUAUUGAAAGCUUUCAAUUCUGCUGGAAGUGGACCUGAAAGUUCAGAAAUAACUGUUGAAACAUUAUCUGGUGAUGUUCCUAUUGCUCCACGGUUUCACGUAUCAUCAGUUACCACUGACUCAAUAACUUUGGGAUAUAUUUUAUCUUCUGGGUCAAGUAAAAUUCAAAAUCUUGAUUUGCAUUUAAAAGAAGGUGAUGACUCUGAUUGGCGUGAGAUGGACAUUUUCCUUGAAAACAAAGAUGUCGGUGAAUAUACAUUAACAGCUCUAAAUCCUGAUACUGUUUACACAAUUUAUUUGACUGCUUCAAAUGAAAAUGGAGUUAGUGAUCCUAGUCAUUUGGUAAAAACACGAACUAUUCGCUCGCACCGAGAUUUUGCCAUCGGGUCAAUUUUCGAGGGCUCAAAUGGUCAAUAUGGCGAUAGCAGAGCCUUUGUCAGUGUUUUGUCAAUCAUUAUUGCCGUAUCCAUCAUCAUAAUUGUCAUUGUCAUUGCAUUUGUCUAUGUAAGGAAAGCUCAAUUAGAGGCAUCAACCAAACCCAACUUUGAGUUUGCUUUAGCCACUGGAACUCUCCCGCUCAAUAAAUCAAUACCCAAUUUUGGCACUGAACGACGGUUCAUUGAUUCAGAUAACACUAAACCCUUGAUGAAUGGUACCAUGAUGUCGGAUCAUCAUGUUAAUCAAUAUCCAGUCUCAUAUUCAAAUUUGCCAACAGAAAAUGAUUACCAUACACCUUGCCACCAAUUGGUUCACUACUAUUUUACCCGAACAUAUCCACUCUUCCGUUAUUAUCACCAUGAUCAUCAUAACGCUGAUACUUACAAACCAACUUGUUUACUAUCAUCGAUGCCAAAGUUAAUUCUACUGAUGUCAACUUUAAUGACAAUUGCGUCUCAAUUGUACUUUUUGUUUAGAGUUAGUUGUUUACAUCACGUGAUUUUGAGAAGCCUCAAGCUUUAUUUCAACUUGGAGUUGGCGCUUUUUUGUCUGACAAAAUCUUAUUCGUGUUUAAACUGUCCAAAAGUAGCUCCAUUUACAUACCAUGUUAAACCAGUGAUUGGAGGAUCAACUUCAUUUCUUUGCCAGAAGCUUUCUGGAUCUUCACUAUUACAAAUCACAUGGUACAAAGAUGGAAAAGAAAUUCAAGAUUCAUCAGACAUUAAAAUUGGUACCAUCCAGGAAUCAUCAAUUUUGCGGAUUGAUUCAAUCAAAUCAAGUCAUUCUGGAAAUUACACAUGCAAAAUUGCGAAUAGAUAUGGACAUGACUCAUACACAGCUGAACUUCUAGUUGAAGGUCCACCAAAUUGGAUUGAGAAACCAAAUAAUGUUAAAUCAAAAGUCCAUUCAAUGAUUAACACCCAUUGUCUUGUUUCUGGUUAUCCAAAACCCACAAUAACUUGGAAAAAGUUACAAGGAUCCUCAUGGAUACAACUUGAGUCAAAUGGUCAACACAAUCAUAAUUUACAAAUUAUGAAUGCAACCAAAUCUCAUGAAGGAAGAUAUGGAUGUUCUGCUUCGAAUGGAAUUGAACCUGAUCUUUGGUCAGAGUUUGAUAUUUCAAUAGAGGGUAAUCGUGAAAACAUGGGUCUUUUUUUAUUCAUUUUAACAACAUUUUGUUUUGGAGUUAUAAAAAUUCAUGGACAAGAAGGUCCAAAAGUAGCUCCAUUUUCAUCCACUGUUAAGCCAGUCAUUGGAAGCAAGACUUCUUUCUUCUGUCAGAGUCUUUCUGGAACACCACCAUUGCAAAUAUUUUGGAUUAAAGAUGGAAAUGAACUUCGUGACUCUACCGAGACACGUAUUAGAAAUCUUGAAGAUUCUUCAGUUCUACACAUCGAUUCGAUUAAAUCAAGUCAUUCUGGCAACUAUACUUGCAGGAUUUCAAACAGAUAUGGUCAUGACUCAUACACAGCUGAACUCAUCGUUGAAGGACCACCAAAUUGGAUUGAGAAACCAAACAAUGUUAAAUCAAGAGUCCAUCAAAUGAUCAAUGUCAGAUGUCUUGUUUCGGGAUAUCCAAAGCCAACAAUAACUUGGAAAAAAUUACAAGGGUCAUCAUGGACGCAAUUUGAGACAAAUAGUCAACAUAAACAUGAUUUACAAAUUAUGAAUGCCACCAAAUCUCAUGAAGGAAGAUACGGAUGUUCUGCUUCAAAUGGAAUUGAACCUGAUCUUUGGUCAGAGUUUGAUAUUUCAAUAGAGGUUUUCCCGGCUAAAUUCAAGGAAAAGAAAACUUAUGUCUCCACCAAACGUGACACCUCACUUGAAUUGGAAUGCUCAGCUGAAGGAGACAAACCAUUAACCAUCAAAUGGUCUAAAGAUUCUGUACUUCUCAAUAAAUCUGGUUAUCAACGAUACACUAUCACAGAUUCACCAACAACAGACGGUUUAAAAAGUGUUUUAACCGUAAGAUCAGCUGAUUUGGUUGAUGAUGGCUCAUAUCUAUGUGUAGCUGAAAAUGAAUUUGGCAAAGAUGAAAGAAACAUCCGAGUUACGAUUAUCGAAGCUCCACCAGCUCCACAAAAUUUACAAAUCCGGCAAACAUGGUCUAGAAGUGUCAGCUUGAACUGGGCUCCGCCAGCUUCCAAUGCAUUACCCAUUCUGGGUUACAUUGUUCGCUACUGGAAAAUCACUGGGCAAGGUCAAAAUGAGCGCCUUCGUGAGAUUAAUGUUUCCUUACCUAUGAAUUCGGUUUUGAUUAAUGCUUUAGAGCCUAGUUGCUUAUAUGAAGCUGAAAUUAUUGCCGUUAAUGAGGUAGGACCUGGACAACCUUCCCGAACAAUUAAAUUUGAAACUGGAGAAGAAGAACCAACUGGAGCUCCAAUUGAUUUACAAGCUAUCGCCCGAGGUCCAACAACCAUUAGAGUUUCAUGGAAACCCCCAACUAAAGAUAAGUGGAACGGUAAAAUAUUAGGCUAUUAUGUCGGUUAUCGUCGUGCUGGUGAUUUCAAGUCUCCUCAUUCGUUUAAAACUGUCGAUGCUGCCUCUCAUAAUAAUACUUAUGAGUAUUUGAUAACUUCAUUAGUUAAAGGAACAGCUUACUCUAUCACAAUAAAAGCAUAUAAUUCAGCAGGAAAUGGACCUGAGCAUCAGGAGAUAAUUGUAGAGACUUUACUUGGAAAUGUUCCACCUGCUCCAAGAUUUAAAGUACUUUCAGCAACAUCAGAUUCUCUCAAUUUGAGGUACAACAUUGUCCCUGAUUCUGCCCCUGUCCAACUGUUACAACUUCAUUUCAAAGAACUUAGUGAUUUGGAUUGGAAUGAAUUAGCUUUAACUUAUGAAGGCAAGGACACCAAUGAGUACACUUUGACCAAUCUGAACCCCUCAACUGUCUAUAAACUUUACGUGACUGCAUCAAAUGAACAUGGAAUUAGUGACCCAAGUCAAAUGAUCACUGCCAAAACUGCUCGAUCUUUGAAUGAUUUAUCAUCCAUCUCUGGUCCAUUUGAUUCAACUUCUCUCCUGGGCCCUGGAUCAUCAUCUUUUGGUGAAAUGGUUUACUUCCCAGCAAUUACUAUCAGCAUUGCUUCCAUUAUCAUUGUUAUUGUCAUCGCAUUUGUGUUUGUCAAAAAAGCACGCUUGGAUGCUUCAGCCAAAUCCAAUUUCGAGUUUUGUCAAGCUUCCCAGACAGGAAUUUUGGCUCAUAAUCGAGCCACUGGAACUACUUUUGGAACAGUUCAGAGAUUCGUUGAUCAUGAUAAAACAAUGUCAUUGGUUACUACUGGACCUUGCGACGAUGCAUAUAAUGGUCAACUGCCAACGCCAUACUCUAAGAUUCCUAUCGGAACAGAAAAACGAAACUCAACAUUGACUGAUAAUCGUCACUUCUAUGAUUAUCCACAAUAAUCUCAUUUCAUUCGUAAUUUAGAAACGUAGACGUUUUAUUCACUUUUCCUUCACUUUAUAUCUUCAACAUUUAAUGCACUUAAUAAUCACAUAAACAACUAUGAUACGCAUUUCCUUCGUAUAUUUCUUAGUCAUAGCAGCUAAUGUAUAAAUUUACUGCAUUUUUCUCAUUUUUAAUUUAUUUAUUUCCGAAAAUGCUAUUGUCAUAUUAAUUUAAUCUCUUUCAACUGUUCAACUAAUUUCAGUCUUUUUUGUGACUUAUGAUUUUGAUUUUCAUGUUCAAUGUUAUUAUCAAUUACAUUCAUUGAUUUACAUGCAAAUCUUUACAAAAUUUUGAUUUAUACCAUUAUCAUUACAUGAUGUUCUCACUUUUACAUUCUUACAUUGUAUUACUUAAAUUUAAAUUGUUUACAAUCUUUUACAAGUUCUAGUGAAACUUUAGCCAUUUAAGACUAUAAUCCAAUGUAUUACCGUUCAAUAAAGCAUGCAUUGAUUGAUUGC